UGACGAACAUAUUCUAAUAACAUUCGAAAUUGGUAUAUUGUUGCGUCCCACGCACGGUCACACUAUGCUUAAGCGGUAAAAAUAAGCGAGAUGGACGCUUCCGUUGAUUUAAGCACAUCCAUGUGCGACGGGGACGAGUCCAUGCUGAACCACAACGUGAACUUCAGCAGCACAAUGAUUACGUCCGCCGGCGAUAUUACGGUACCCAAACUCAGCGUAACCCUCUCAGAGGCGGAAAUAUUGAAGCUGCGUUUGCCACAGCCAGCGGGCGACGCAGCCGCCCUGGAUGCAUCUGUGCCCAUGGAGACGAGCCUGGAGGCCCGAUCUUCGCAGGAGUACGGGGAGGAGGAGAGUGGGCGAGUCAUCGACAUAGAUGACACCGUGGAACGGACGUCGGCCGAUGUACAGGAUGUGCCGGGGUCCCAGGCUCCUGAAGGGGCACCACUGGAGUUCUUCCACGGCAAACUGGUGGAGCUGGGGCGACGCUGCUGGACGUCAUCGACGGAAGUCCAGCACUACACCAAGGGCUGCUACUGGUCGCCGGACGGCACCUGCCUCCUCGUGCCCAUCCACCUGGACGGCAUGCACGUCAUGGAGCUGCCCACCGAUCUUUAUUCCACGCCAACGGUGCAGCAGUCGCGUCACCUAACCAAACUCCAGUCAGCGGUGCACGUGCCCGAGGGUGGAACCGUUUACGACUGCGUCUGGUUUCCGCACAUGAACAGCCAGCAGCCGGACUCCUGCUUUUGGCUCGCCACGCGGCAGCACGAGCCCAUUCACAUGUGGGACGCCUUCGACGGGUCACUGCGUUGCAGCUACAGCGGGUACGAUGCUGUGGACGAAGUCAUGGCGGCCAUCUCUUUGGCCUUCUCCCACGACGGCCAAAAGGUCUAUGCCGGGUACAAACGAUGCAUCAAGAUCUUUGACACCAGCAGGCCAGGAAGACUGUGCGACGAUUACCCCGUUAAGUUUGCCAUCUCCUGCAUUGCCCAGAACAGCGAGCACUCCCACACGCUGACCUGCGGCAACUGGCACGGCUAUGUCCAGCACUUUGACCUGCGCUGCAGUCCAAAGGAGGGUCCGCUCUUUACGCUGGGCGGGCACAAGGGCGGCAUCACUCAACUGCGUUACGCCGGGAACGGGUGUCAUCUAUUCAGUGGAGCUCGCAAGUGCGGCAAGAUUUUGCAGUGGGACAUGCGCAACUACAAGAUGCCGCUGGUCGAGUUCCAGCGCCAUGUGGAUACCAACCAGCGCAUUCAGUUUGACAUCACGACCGACUGCCGAUGGCUCACUAGCGGCGACACGCGAGGAGUCCUGAAUGUCUGGGAUCUCACGGGUGCCGGAGAGGCCUCUGUGCUGCCACUGCAUUCGGACUGCUGCAAUGGAGUGGGCCUAAACCCAGUGUUGCCGGUUCUGGCCACCAGCUCGGGCCAGUACCACUUCACAGACCAAAAUGCCGAGACGGACAAUGUCACUUUAAACGGUUCGGCCACAGUUGUGGAGGCAGUGCCUCCCGAGACGAGUCCACAUCAGCUGGAAAUGGUCUACGAGAACGCUGUGGUCUUGUUGUGGUGCGGCAAGGUGCAGCCUUCUGAACACUGAGGUAGUUGAGUAAAUAAUACAAAAGACGUCUUUAUUCUUGAA